CAAAAAUAUCAUGAAAUUGCGCUCAUUACAAAACAAAAGGCAAAUAUUAAAAGGAUUAUAAGCUAUUAAAUAAAUAAUGAAGAUGGAUGAUAAAAGAUUCAAAUUACUACUCGGAGUGCAUUAUUUAGGUUCAACAAGUAUUAAUAUAUAUAUAUGAAUCAUCUAUAGACUACUUUGCCUCCUCCACUAAAAAAUCGACAAUAAAAAGAUGUGUUUAAACAUAAACAAUUACAUAAGAUUGUACUUAAAAUGAGUAUUCAAUACAAUCUCCUUAAAUUAUUAAGGUAAAUGAUUAUAAUAUUAUUCCUCUUAGAAAAUCAAGACUACUGCAGAUAGCACUCAAAACACAUAUGAAGAUAAUCUAUAUUGUCAUGAGAAUCUCAAAAUUGAACAUUAUGUGCAUAUCAAUUUUACAAAUACAAACACUAUCAUUCCAAAUUAAAAGUAGUUCUAUUUAAUCAAUCCAAAUUAUAUCUAAGAAUUUAAAGAAAAAGAAUAUAACUUUAAAACUAGAGCAAUCAUACUAAAUAGAAUUUUAGAAAAUUGUAUUAAUAUUAACAAUCCCUAUUUUCAUAAAGCCAUCUAUCUAUUUGAUCUAUUUCUAAGUAAGAUUAAAAUUAAAACAAUCACAAAUCAAUAUCAAUUAAGAUUCCUAUCUUUAGCUAUCAUUUUUGUGAUCUCUAAAAUGAAUUCUGAUACUCCCAAUAUUAAUCUACUACUUUCAUAAUCAUCACUCAAUAUUACCAAAUAACAAUUAUUAUCAUAUGAAAAAUUAAUCCUUACAGUUUUAGAUUGGCAUAUAAAUCCACUUACAUUAUAAGAUGUAUUUUAUGAGGUCCUUUUAACAUUUUAAGUAGCCUUCCCAUAAUUAAAUAUUUAUAACUCAAAUCAACAAUUAAAUCUUAAAAUUCAAAUCAAUCAAAAAGAUAUGAAAAUUAUCAACCAAAUACUUAAUGUUAUUGUCUUAGAUCAUAAUUAUCUAAACUAUUAUUUAGAAGAUCUUUCAUUUUCAAUUUUGUAUGUCAUAUACUCAAAAGAACUCAAAGAUAAUCAAUUUGAAGAUUUUUUAAAAAACCAUAAUAAAUCCAAGUUACAAAUCUUGAAUUCUAUUAAAUUUGUAGCCAAAUUUAUUAGAGUUGUUUAAUAAUUGGUAAUUUAUUUAUUUUAAUUUUAGAAUGAAAAAUAGUUAGACAUAAAUUCAUUAGAAAUACUCAAGCUGGUUUGUGAAUGA